GUCUCAAGUAGGCAGGUUAGCAGCAGCAAGCUGGAUGAAACGCUGAACGCUAGAGAUAUUUAAAUACUUGUUCGUUUUCAGCGGUUAUGAGUUUAAGUUUUAUUUUGCUGAACGUGAAGUCCGUUUAAAUCGUCAUCUGUAAGGCCCAUUCAAAGAUGCAGUUCAUGCUGUUGUUCAGCCGCCAGGGGAAGCUGAGGUUACAGAAAUGGUAUGUCCCUCUGUCUGACAAGGAGAGGAAGAAGAUCUCCAGGGACCUGGUCCAGACCAUUCUGGCCCGGAAGCCCAAGAUGUGCAGCUUCCUGGAAUGGAGAGACCUGAAGAUUGUGUACAAAAGAUACGCCAGUCUGUACUUCUGCUGUGCAGUCGAGGAUCAAGACAACGAGCUGAUCACCCUGGAAAUCAUCCACAGAUACGUGGAGCUGCUGGAUAAAUACUUUGGCAGCGUGUGUGAGCUCGAUAUCAUCUUCAACUUUGAGAAGGCUUACUUCAUCCUGGAUGAGUUCCUUCUGGGAGGAGAGGCCCAGGAAACGUCCAAAAAGAACGUGCUGAAGGCCAUAGAGCAGGCGGACUUGCUGCAGGAGGAAGCCGAGGCUCCACGGAGCGUCUUGGAGGAAAUCGGGUUGACAUAGACCUUCUCGCACCGUCCGAUACCGGCCCGACCCACGUCUCUGUUGUCUUUCUUUUCACCGUCAGUGUUGUGUAUUGUCCUGUAACGUCCCUCAGCGUGGUGCCAACUGUGGUUUUAUGUGUCUCCUGUGUACAAACUGUGCUCUGCAGUAUUUAUCGUCACUCUUAACGCUCGACAGAGACCGAUUGAUGUAGCAUCAACAGAUCCAGUUCUUCAGACCAGCCGUUCUCACCGGUACCAGUUAGGAGUUUAGCUCUAAGUGCUGCCGGCGUAUCUCAGAUACAACCGGCAUCUAGGACUGUGGUUCCCAACAGGAGAGGCCCCACGCUGGGCUGGACGACGACAAACGACUGGACUUGGGUAAUCUCCAGAAAUCGAAUAAAAACCUUAAAUGCAUAUCAUCCACCGCCUUUCAUGUCUUACGAUGAGAAAAGACGGAGUUUAGCCGUUUUAGUGCAACUCUAAAAACAGAAAU